UGACAUCCUGUGACGCAGACUUUAGCUGUCAACGCCGCAACAAUGUGAGAAAACACAGGCAGUCUCUCUAGCGCAAAGUGGUGUAGUAGCCUCGUUUACCGCACUGCUGGCCCUCACCUCUGGCUGUUUGAAUGAGCUCGAUUCCCCCACAGCUUCAGACAUAAGCUCGACGAAAGCACAUACAACGUAGGCUAAGCUACCGCUGUGACGGCAUUGUGAUUCUUCACGCUAUCGUGUGUAGGCUACACAGACAUGUCUUUUGUCCAAGAAUAUGCCGGCGGAGAGUAUGAGAGGGCCCCCAAGCGUCUGAAAACGGUGGAGGUGGAGGAAGGAGAGGAAUUAGAGGAAGGCGAGGAUGUGGACUCCGGGGGACUCUAUGCAGACGAAGACGAGGAAGAAAGUGGACAGGGCGCUCGGUGGAACGCGUCUCAGUACAGCACAGGAAGAAAGGACAAUGGGGACGGCGUCCACCGCAUCGCCCCGUCUCCCGUGGUGCACGUGCGCGGUCUCUGUGAGUCCGUGGUGGAGGCCGAUCUCAUGGAGGCCCUGGAGAAGUUUGGAAACAUCUGCUAUGUGAUGAUGAUGCCGUUUAAGCGCCAGGCGCUGGUGGAGUUCGAGAGCAUGGACGGCGCUAGUUGCUGCGUGAGCUACGGCGCUAAAGAGGCCGUGACCAUCGCCGGCCAUCAGGCCUUCUUCAACUACUCCACCAGCAAGAGGAUCACCAGACCGACCAACGCAGACGACCCCAACAGCGGAAACAAAGUCCUGCUGCUCUCCAUCCAGAACCCACUCUACCCCAUCACCACAGAUGUCUUGUAUACAGUCUGUAAUCCCAUCGGUAGUGUGCAGCGGAUCGUGAUCUUCAAACGUAACGGGAUCCAGGCCAUGGUGGAGUUCGAGACGGUUCAGAACGCCCAGAAAGCCAAAGCAGCGCUGAACGGAGCCGACAUCUACGCAGGCUGCUGCACCCUGAAAAUCGAAUACGCACGGCCCUCACGCCUCAAUGUCAUCAGAAAUGAUAAUGACAGCUGGGACUACACUAAGCCAUUCCUCAUCCGGAAAGAGCAAGCCAAAGGCAGACAGCGUCAGGCCAUCCUGGGGGAUCAUCCCGCCUCCUAUGGGGACAAGUCGGGUUACGGAUCCCUGCUGCCUCUGCCGUCUAACCAGCGGUUGAGGAGGAACCCCCACGAGCCCCCGGAGGUGGUGUCCUACCCUCCUCUUCUGCAGAGCUCCUCCUACAUGGGACACGCCUCCAGCUCCGUCGCCAUGGUGAGCGGUCUCCACAGCGACAGGAUGAACUGCAACCGCCUCUUCAACCUCCUGUGUCUCUAUGGCAACAUCGAGAAGGUGAAGUUCAUGAAGAGCGUUCCCGGCACGGCGCUGGUGGAGAUGGGUGACGAGUACGCUGUGGACCGCGCCAUCACACACCUCAACAACAUCAAGAUCUUCAGCAAGAGACUCAACGUCUGCGUGUCCAAGCAGCAGGCGGUGAUCCCCAGCCAGGUGUUCGAGCUGCCCGACGGCUCCAGCAGCUAUAAGGACUUCUCCAUGACGCGAAACAACCGCUUCACCAGCGCGGGACAGGCCUCCAAGAACAUCAUCCAGCCGCCAUCUUGUGUACUGCACUUCUACAACGUGCCCAUCCCCAUGACCGAGGACGAGCUGCAGAGGAUGUGCUCAGAACACGAGGUUCCAGGAUUCAUCAAGUUCAAAGCCUUCGAUACAAAACCCAACUCUAAAACGGUCGCUGGUCUUCUGGAGUUUGAGAGCAAGACGGAUGCUGUGGAGGUCUUAACAGUGCUGAACCACUACCAGAUACGCAUACCAAAUGGAUCGAACCCCUACACCUUUAAGCUCUGCUUCUCCACGUCCUCACACCUGUAAGAGGAGGAACAGGAAAGGAGUUCACGUCAUUGAGUAUGUGAGAUGCUCAACACAGAAGGAGUGGAGAUCUGCCUCAGAAUGUCUUUACUCUGCGUAAGCUGUGCUGGGGGGGGCCAUAUGUAUUCACUUUAGUAUUUAGUCGAACCACAUGUGCAACUAUUAUGUUUUUUUAUUUGUUCUUAAUUAUUCAAAGUGUAUACACAUGUGCAUGGUCAGUUACAGUAUAUAUUCAGGGGGCGGGUGGGGAGGGGGGGGGGGUCACAGUAAGUUAAAAAGUCAAUAGGCUCGUUCGUGACGAAGCAGUGCUGCUUUUGCUAGGCAGCGGGCAUGUGCAUUUUGCCAGUUUUAUGCAUUCUGGUUAGAAUUCUAACCACAAUGCAUCAAACUGGUUAAGUGCACAUGCUCGCUGCUUAUCAAAAGCAGCACUGCUUCGUCACGAACGAGACUAUUGCCAAAGUGUUGAUUCUGAUGCAUCUGCAGCAAUAUUUUAAAGGGUUGACUUCCAAGACUUGA